GGACCUGGAAAGUGACGAUCAGUCGUGGUCCCCCACCUGCCGUGUCUCUCCUCUGGACUCGAUGCCCAUGGAGUUGCCCAAGCCUGCCUCGAGAUCUGCGAAGAGUGCCAGUCGCCGCAAGACUGCAGCUGCAACCCAGCAGCAGAAGGCCCGCGACGAAUUGGUGCCGAGAUGGUCGUCCAGUCCCGAGAUUACACCGCAGGACUACCCCGCUGCCAGCGUGUCUCCUCUCCCCGCCCCCUCGUCCCCGGUCACCACCACCCGCAAAACGACACGCAGCAUGUCCGGGGACUCCAACGCCAGCACCGGCCCGGCCAACACGGCCACGGGCCGCAACGCCGCCAAGCGGGCCGCCCACAACAUCAUCGAGAAGCGGUACCGCACCAACAUGAACGCCAAGUUCGUGGCCCUGGAGAAGGCCAUGAGCGGCGGCAUCCAGAAGCCGACCAAGGGCGGGUCGGCGUCGCUGAAGAAGUCCGAGAUCCUCACCAAUGCGAUCGCCUUUAUGCAGGAGCUGCAGGAGGAGAACAAGGCCCUCCAGAAGGAGCUGGCCAUGGUGAAACAGAACGUGCUCCCCAAUGGGAUGUGGCGACACAACAAGGGAGCCGAAGCUUUUCACGCCUAAUUCGUCCUUCUCACCCGUCGUGAGGCUUUCUCCUUCCUCUGCUAUGACCGUCACGAAUCUCUUGUAUAAUAUAUUAUGAUCAUUCUCUUUUGUCCUGAUAAGCUUGUUUUUUGAUUUUUGAUUUUUUUUUUUUUUUUUUUUUUUUUU